AGUUUGGUAUUGAAGAAAGAGUAGCUAAGAAAAAGAGAAGAUUGUUGGUAAGGUUUUUUUCUCUGAUUUCUAUAUUUUACUUGAAAUAUUUGCUGAUAUAUAAGUAGAACUCUGAGCAUUGUGUUGAUUACUUUGGGGUUUCACUAAUACUUAGCUUGGCGGGUGGAAGGAGAAUGGAAAAGGAGCAACAAGAAGUAAAGGUUUUAACAAGUAGCAAGUUCACAUGGACCAUUAACAACUUCAUUCCUUUUCCCAGAUUCUUCUACUCCGAAACCUUCUUCGUCGGCCCCUAUUCCUGGCAGAUAGCUAUGAUUCCAAGUGUCACCGACAUUAUUUUACGAGGCUUAUUGGUAGAUCGAUUGUAUGCUGUGGACAUUGUUGGAUGGAGAUCUCUUAACUUCAAGCUCUCUUUAGUUAAUCAGCUUCAAGGCAAAUCCACCAUAACAAAAGGUAUCAUUAUAUUCUUUGAUGGAUAAACUAUAUUCAUUACAUGCGACAUUUAUAUAAUUAUUAUUCCUUUGUCCUUUUCAUAAAUCAUCUA